AUGUCCUUCUGGGGAUUCUUACAGCGCGUCGGACUUGUUGCUCCGGAGGAAGAGAGAGGAGACAGAGUACGGGUAGUCCAGAAGACCACAGAGAGCAUCAGGCGACCAGCAGACCUGUAUGAAGCCGCUGAAUGUGGUGACCUGCAAGCUGUGAGGAAGUACCUGGAAGACGGCAAGGACAUCAUUUUCAGAAACCCAAGUUCUAACAAAACGCCGCUGGAGAUUGCUCGUGAAAAGUGGCAGCAACUGGCACAGCGAAGAGGAGCAUCCAACUUCCGUGACGUUUUGGACCUUCUUAUCCAGGCUAUUGAUGAACAAACAAGGGAGGCAGCAAUACAAGGGGACGAGUCUCGCGUCCGAGACCUCCAUCAGAAUGGUGCUGACAUCCACCAGCGGGACCUGGAUAGACACGAUCUCGGGCUGCCAGAGCACACGGCCGGAGCGCACGGAGAUCACGUCGAGACGUUAAAGUUACUCCGUAUUCCAUCCGACUUCAACGACCAACACGAGCUGAUCCACAAUUGUCUGAUUCAGGCCAUCAUGGGACGAAAGCUGGAGAUGAUUAAGCGCAUCGUAAAGAACGGGAGUGUCAACCUUGAGCACAAAGACAAAAAUAAUCACACAGCCCUCGAUGUUGCUGCAUCUAUUGACCCAAGUGAGCCCGAAAUUGAGAGAUAUCUGCAACAUGCUUAUGAGAACAAGAAUCUGUGCAGCAUGAUUAAGAACCAGGGCACAGAUCUAGACGUCGACAUGCUUAAGAGGUGCUUUCUACAGGGAGCGAACGUUAACUAUCAGGAUCAUGAUGGAAACAGCCCACUAAUCCUAGCGGUGCAAUGUGGCUGUUCGGUGGAGGUCAUCGAGAUUCUAAUCAGCUCUUACAGUGCGAACCUGGAACUUAUCAACGAACAAGGGACCGGUGCACUCGAGGCUGCCGUUUUGUCACGUGAUCAUGAUGUCAUCAAAUGUCUUCUCAGCCACAGAGAACAACAUCCGAGCUACCUAAAAACGAUGAUGCAGUUUGCAACAGGUGAUGGCAAAAUGAUAGAGAUGCUGCAUCAAUUCGGAUCAGACCUGGAAGGAAAGGACGCCCACGGAAACACUCCUCUUCACCUGGCAUGUCACAGAAGCACCCUGGAAAUCCUAACCCUGCUUCACACAUUUGGUGCGGGUAUCAACGUGCAAGACAAUGCUGGUUUUACACCAUUAAUGACCGCAACAGAACGUGAAAGUGUUCCGAUGGUUCGGUUUCUCCUUCUCCAUGGUGCAGAUGAGACUGUGGUGAACCAGGCUGGCGAUACUGCACGUACAAUCGCACGCAGGGUUCUCAAGGAUGACCAUCAAAUCUCAACUAUCUUGGAGAACCUUGAGUAUGACAAGGUGUGCGGUAAAUACAACGAGGAAGGAAACAAAGAUCCUGAUAUACACACGGAAACUGAUUACCCUUCUCGAGCCGAAGUAUCCGUUGACGAAAGACCAUGGCUUACAGAACACAACAAAAACUGCGACUCUUGUCUCCAUGGCGGUAGUCAUCAGCAUUACAAUAAAUCGCUGAGGAGAGAUAAAUGUUUGGAAGACGAGGAGUUGCGUAGAGCUGUUAAGAGUGGGACACGAGAAGACGUGCAAAAAUGCCACGAGGGUGGUGGAACCAUUAAUCAGUGUAACCAGGAAGACCCUCAUGGUCUUGUAGGGCUUGCUGCCCGGUCCCAGGACAAGCCAGACAUAAUCGAGUACCUUACCCAGGUCGACCAAGACAGCAAAGACAACAUAUGCGCUUUGUUUAUCAAGGAUAGUAAUGGUCAAACCAUCCUUACCCUGGCCAAAGCAAAGGGACACAAGAAUGUUGUGAAGUACAUGAUAGGUCAUUACAGCCUGCAAAUCAAUCAGGCGGUUACCAGUAACGACUUAGACAUGUGUAAGAAAUUCAAACAUCUUGGAGGAUUGGUGGAGAUAUCGGGUAGCAAAGAGCCUAAUUUGUCCCUAGCCUUGCACGAACGGAACAGUAACAUUGCAAAGUGGUUAGUAGAGAAUGGAUCCGAUCCCGGUGGGCGUGAUCAAAAUGGUACCUCAUUGGUCGAAGUGGCUUCCCGUUACAACAUGAUUGACAUGGAGAAAUUUCUCAAGUCCAAGAUCAAGGAUCAGCAUUUGAGGUCAGCAAUUCGUGCUGUGGAUUUGGAAGGAGUGAAGAGGCUUCACGCUGAAGGUGCAGAUUUUACCGCUGCAAAUUGCUUCGGUGAUACCCCAGUCAGCCUUGCUGUCAGGACAGGAAACCUACGCCUGGUGCACUACCUUCUGAGCAGAGGAGCCCCAGUUAUCCACAGCAACGCAGGGAAGCCCACUAUAAUCCAGCAAGCACAAAAGCUGGGGAAUGAGGACAUGGUCGAGUAUCUUAAACACAUGGUUCACCUUCGCUUUGAGGAUUGUCUUAAGGCUGGAGACACGGACACACUUGUCAAGUUGCUUAAGAUUUCUGGAGCCAGCUUGAAGGAAGCCAAAUUUUGCAAGGAAGAGGAAACCGCCGCCACUCUGGCCGUUAAGUGUCAUGAUUUUAAGGCGCUUCGUCUUCUCUACAAGAGCAACAUUCCCAUGAGUCACCCUAACAGAAACGGCGACUACCCGCUGACGCUGGCUGCUGCCAACGGGGAUUUUCCCGCGGUAGAGUUCUUGAUCGAGCGCUGCAACGUGAACAGGAAUGUUGUGAAUGGGGAGGGUACGACAGUGGCUGAUGCGGCAAGGAAGGCAGGAUAUGAUUUAGUUGCAAGUUACGUCAAAACCGGCAAAAAGCCCGAUCCCGAAGAAGCAAAAACAGAUAAACCUAGCCACACUUUAGACGAUCUUCUAAAGGCUGUGAAGGGCGCGAAGAUGGACGUGAUUGAUGACUUCAUCAAAGAGACCUACCAGAGUCGAAGCAUGAAGCUGGAUUGGUGUAAAAAGAUGCUGGAUGUUGCAUGGCUACUAGAUGCCAUUGAGAUAAUCAGAAAGCUGGACAAACACCUGAAAGAGAUGGAAACGGAUAAUUCAGCAAGAAAGCUAGAAGGAUCCGAAGACUACCAGAGGGUCCUGGACGGCUUCCUAGGAGACUUGGUGAAACAGAUAGCUAACGUCGACAGCGUGGAGGAAUUCGGAAAGAGCCUCGAAAGUAAAAGGAGACACAGACAGCCUAUCCAUGUCCAUGAGAAAGGACAUAGGCUCUAUUCGUCAGGAUACAAAGAAGGAAAAGCAAACGCUGAGCCAGCAACUCAGAGACAUAAACACUACACGCAGCAGGCUUGA